AUGACCCACGACGCCGUUUGGUUCUCCCGCCCCCGCAAGUACGGCAAGGGCUCUCGCCAGUGCCGCCAAUGCGCGCACCAGGCUGGUCUCAUCCGCAAGUACGGCCUUGACCUCUGCCGCCAGUGCUUCCGCGAGAAGGCCGCCGCCAUCGGGUUCCAGAAGGUAUGUGCUCUUGUUUCUUGA